AUGUCAUAUCCAUUGUCGCUGGACGCCAUCGCACAGUUGUCGAACGAGCGUAUGCGAGCCGCAAGCUGGGAUGCAGACAGUGCGCGUACAAGUUUACCAAACGAUAACACACAACGGUCCGCGCUCUGUCAACCGUGCUGGGAUGGACCCUUUGCAGCGCACCUCGGGCUCUUCUACACGCAUGUUGUAAGGCAAAAGGACUCCUCAUACAGCGGAGGAUAUGCAUACUCGACUUCGUGGGCAGAGGUCAAGUCACAGGCCGACGCCGGAUGCCUUUGGUGUCGGCUGCUGUAUGCGACUCGGUCUAAGGACGACGAUGCUAUGCCGAGCGCAAGUCCGGUGAAGAUCAUCGUGGGUAUCAAGCGGCCUUCAAACGGGGUUAGCCCUCCCCACGCUCAAGAACUGGCUGUAUGUGCAAAUGGCUUGCUGCGAUUUGAAGGGUACCUGUAUACAAGCACCAAAGACCCGGCGGCGGGGUGCGUCAUCGCGCGAAGUCACGUACUAGACAUCGGAUCCCCACAUGCUCUAGCUCUCGCGAAAGACUGCGUCGACGAGUGCGCACGGGGACAUGCGCGCUGCCGAGCCCUGCUAGCAUCUCACGAGAGCGAUGCUCUGCUCCCUACCCGUCUCAUCGACUGCUCCGAUCCCAGCCGUCCGCGUCUCGCCCCGACGGACGGCCGACGCGGCAAGUACUGCGCGCUCAGCUACGUCUGGGGCGAGCCGCAACCACACAGCACUGUCAUCUCCAACGUGCACGUCUACACUGCGGGGAUCAAUCCUGAAAAACUACCGCAGACUAUCCGCGACGCGAUCUACGUCACGCACGAGCUCGGGAUGCAAUAUCUGUGGGCGGACACGCUGUGCAUAAUACAGGACUCGGGCCAGGACAAGCGGCGCGAGCUCGCUCGCAUGCAUCGCAUCUACCGCGACGCGCACCUCACCAUCAUCGCAUCCGACGCGCGGAAGGUCAGCGAGGGCUUCCUGCAGGAUCGACCGGACACCGCCGUGCGUGACGUUGUCCUUCCCUCUGUUUGCCCCCUGAGCGGGAUUUAG